UGUGCGUGUGUGCGCGUCUGUGCGCGUGUCGCCGGUAAUACUGGCGCCAACGGAACACGUCGCCACGUGACUGUUAGCGACGCUGUCACUGAGCUGCGUGGGGGAGCUUUGACGCGGGACCAGAUACGGGACCUGAUGCAUACCCACAGCAGCGAGCUCGCGCGGCGACGCGUCGCCACCAGGCAUUAACACGGAGCCGCACGCACACACCGCGCGUCUCGGGGUCCGGAGGACAUGGUGCGCCGCGGGCACCCGCUCGCCCCGCUUUCCUGAGUCACGGGUUCGAUCGGGGAGGAAGAGCGAAGGUAAAACGCGGCAGAGUGAAGACGACCGUGUGAUGAUGAUGAUGAAGUAAUGGGGCGAACGCGUCUACGGCACGGACGGCACUAACGCUACACUACGCGGCGACGAUCAUGGUGGUGAUGAUGACGGACUCUCUUUCGCCCCGCUAUCCGUCUCUUCCGCGAAGCAGGCGGUGAUGUAGUGCAUGGUACUGCGCGAAAGAUGACCAUCAUGAAGCCGACACGCAAACUGCUCUUUAUCCUGUGUAUCGUGUUGGUUCUGGGCUUUAUUUACUACUCGGCAUGGAAGCUUCACCUGCAUGUAUGGGCCCCGAAGACUUAUAAAGACCCCCAUUUACAGCCCUCAGUCGAAACAAAAGGCACAGCAGUCUCAGAUAAAGCUUUGUAUCCGUCCGUCAUGACAAAAGAGCGAACAGACGCAGACGCUGAGGUGGAAAAGGUGCUCUCCGUGGGACGAGGGGUAGGCCCAGUGUAUGAUAAACAGGGAUUCUUGCUGAAGCUGGAUGAAGAGCUGCCACCUGAGCUGAAGCUGAAAUACGGCAACCUCAGUAAAGGAGCCUGCAAGCCUGGUUAUGUAGCAGCCAAGAUGGCAGCCAUAUACCCAAAGUUUGUAAAGUUAGCCCCUAUGUUUCUCGACCAGAAUUACAAGAGGUUGGGGAAGAUCAACAAUUAUUUACCUCCAUUUGGAGUGAAAACCCAAGAUAGUAUCAUAGAUGUCAUUUUAACUGCUACAAAGAAAUAUGGACUCGACAAAUACUUGGAAAGUUUGAAGUGUAAAAGAUGCAUUGUAGUUGGGAACGGCGGCGUUCUCGCAAACAAAUCCCUUGGGUCCCACAUCGAUGGCUACGAUGUUGUUGUGAGGUUGAACCAGGCACCAGUCAGCGGCUAUGAGAAGGACGUGGGGUCCAAAACCACCCUUCGGAUUACCUACCCUGAGGGGGCCUUCCAGAAGCCAAAACACUACGAGAACCACUCACUCUUCGUCUUGUCCGCCUUCAAACCCCAAGACUUCAAGUGGCUCCGACAGAUGGUGUUCAAGGAGAAGCUGCAUGUUACAGAAGGCUUCUGGAAAUCCGUCGCCAACUACGUUCCCAGGGAGCCAGCCGACAUGCGCAUCCUCAAUCCGUACUUCAUCCAGGAGGCUGCCUUUCAGUUCAUCGGCCUGCCGCAGAACAACGGCCUUAUGGGGAAAGGGAAUAUUCCAACACUCGGGACCGUUGCCAUAACAAUGGCUCUUCAUAAUUGCGAUGAGGUUGCUGUGGCCGGAUUUGGAUACGACUUGAACAACCCGAAUGCCCCACUGCAUUAUUAUGAGCCGGUUAAGAUGUCUAUCAUGAAAGAGUCAUGGACUCACAACAUCUCAAAAGAGAAGGAGUUCCUGCGCAAGCUGGUGAAAGCCAAGGUCAUCAUGGACUUGACCAACGGCAUCUGAGCGCCUCGCGGAACCACCCACUCAUGAAAGACACCGCACAAGAAGGAGCCAGGAGAAGAGAAAGGAGGGAGGGAGAGUGGAGGCGUGUGCCUGUCUUUGACCCCCUCUCCCCAUCCCCGCCUCUCCUCUGGCAGUUAGACUGACUUCUCACCGGGAUGGAAGGAUGUGUUCCCCUCAAUUCCCCAUCCCCUGACCCGACCCAACCCGACCCCACCCCACCCCACCCCACCCCACCUUACCCUACCCCCCAACCACAGAGACGUGUGCCUUCAGACCGAAACUGCUUUGGAAGACCACAGACGGGGGUGUUCUCCUUCAGGUCUGCCACAGCGGGCCUCCAUCAGCCUGAACCCGUUUGUGAACGGUACUGACACAGAUAGGGAGGUAGCAAACGAAUCUGCGAGAUCGUGAUUUCUUUGUGCCAAAUGUACCUCUGGAGGAGGCGGCCUCCUCAAGUGCUUGAAUGUAUUCACUGUGUAAACGUCAAAGAUUUACAGUGCAUUUUAAUGGCUUGCAUCGCCCCUCGGUACUACUUCCAUAGGAGUGCCUCCGUCCGGGCAAUACUGUACAUAUCCUGCCCCUGUCUGGGAAGAAGGGCAAGAUGCAGUCCUUUUUAAUCCCUCGUAUUUUACCUGGUUAGUUUUAAGUUGGUUGAAGUUUUGAUUUUAAGAUUUAUUUAUUUUCAUACAUACACUUUUAGGCUGCUUUGCGAGAGUAAGACAACUUUGCUGAGAAACUGAAGGCUGCUGACUGGAUGGGCCACCAUAAUGUGCUUCCCAGUAGUGUUCAUGGGCAGCAUUUUAUAGUCGGUAGGAGUCCACAGGCUGAGACCGAUCUGCUGUAUGGGGGGGGGGAGCUGUCAGUAUUAUUCAGAAACACUACAUGUCUUUGUUGUUGUUCUUUCUCUGAAAAAAAAAAUAAAUUUCUAAACUUCCUUCUGGAAA